CUUUAUUUCCGGUAUAUCGAUGUUUUCAGGUGUCAGUGAGUCAUUAUUUUGGACUAGACUAAUUUGACAACAGACAUUUCAGACAAGUUCUUUACAAUCUACGUCUAGAUUCUAAAUAUAUAUCAAUUAAAUCAAAGUCUAAAUAACAUUACGGACAAGAAUGUUUGGAGGAGGCUCUUCCAAUUUUACCAAAAAUCUUGAAAAAGCUACGAGCCAAUUAUUGUUGGAGCCAGACUGGAAUGCUGUAUUACAGAUUGUAGACUCUAUAAGACAAGAAGAUGUUCAGGCAAAAUUAGCACUCCAGGCUAUCAGGAAAAAAAUUGGAAAUGAAAAUCCACAUGUGUCAAUGUUUGCUUUACAGGUUCUGGAGGCUUGUGUUAAAAACUGUGGCUCUAGUUUUCACAAUGAAGUAGCCACCAAGGAGUUUAUGGAGUAUUUAAAAGAUCUAGUUAAGGCUAGACAAGUCUCAAUUCGAAAUGAUCCAGUGAAGGAGAAAAUUCUAGAAUUGAUUCAAUGCUGGUCUCAUGCAUUUCGAAAUGAUCCUCAUUACAAAGUAGUUGAAGACACUUUUCAUCUGUUGAAAAUGGAAGGCAACAAGUUCCCUGCCCUUAAAGAAGCAGAUGCUAUGUUUGAUGCUGAGAAAGCCCCAACCUGGAAAGAUGGAGAAACCUGUACAAGGUGUCGAGUCCAGUUUACAUUGAUGCAGAGAAAGCACCAUUGCAGAAACUGUGGAGAAGUUUUUUGUGGUAAAUGCUCUGCUAAGUCUUCAUUAAUCCCAAAGCUUGGUUUUGAGCGUGAAGUUCGUGUCUGUGAUUCCUGUUAUGAAAAAAUCAACAAGAAGCAGAAAGGGAAGAAAUCCAAGAGGUCAGGUCCCGCUAAAAAGGAUGAUGAUUUGCCAGCAGAAUAUCUGGCCAGCCCACUUUCUAAACAACCUCAAGUAAGCAGUGCACUGAAAAAAAUACCGGCCAGUAAAACUGAACAAGAGCAACAAGAGGAAGAAGAAUUGCAGCUAGCAUUGGCUUUGUCCAAAUCAGAACAUGAAACUAAAGAAAAAGAGAGAGAACGUUUGCGAUCAAACUAUGGAGUGUAUGGAGGUAAGACCAAUAGUGAGAGACCCAUAUCUCCUGCCAAGACUGUGACUGUUGCUCCAGCUCCACUUGACACAUCAGACAUGGAUCCAGAGCUGGCCCGUUAUCUUAACCGCCACUUCUGGCAGCAGAAAUCUGAGACUCAAGGCACCCAGCAGCAGCAGACUGCCACUACAGUUCCAUCAGCACCAUCUGUCAAUUCUGAGCCUAGAAUGAGCACUGGACAGAUCAAUGAGUCACCACCAGUAGUAUCCUCUCAUCUGUACCAGAAUGGAGACACUGAGGACAGUCAGGAGCAGUUCCUCUCAGCCCUCCAGGGAUCCCUGGAGAUUUUCGUCAACCGCAUGAGGAGUAACUCCCAGCGUGGCAGACCCAUAGCCAAUGACUCUGCUGUGCAGUCACUGUUUGCUGUGAUCAGUGAGAUGCACCCACAACUGAUGACACACAUACAAGAGAAGGAGGAGGACAGAGCUUACUAUGAGGGGUUACAGGAUAAACUUACACAGUUGAGAGAUGCUAGAGAAGCUUUGGACUCAUUGAGAGAAGAACACAGAGAGAAGAAGAGAAGACAGGCAGAGGAGAUGGAGAGAUUACGUCAGAUUCAAAUGAUGCAAAAACUUGAAGUUAUGAGACAAAAGAAACAUGAGUAUUUAGAGAUGCAACGCCAGCUUGCUCUACAGAGACUUCAGGAGCAGGAGAGAGAAAUGGCUGCAAGGUUUGAACAGCAGAAACAUUUAACUCACAUCAGGCAGAUGCAAACUUUUGGCUAUCCCCAGGCCUACCCACAAACCAUGAUUGGUCAACCAGGUUUACCACCAAAUGGGGCAAUGGCAUCACAUGGUUACACAUCUGGAGGGGGUUCUACUGAGGGAUCACCUGUGCAUCGUGUAGGGGUACCACCAGAAAGUUACAUGCAACAGCCUCAUGGACCUCAAGGGAUGUCUCUCCCUCCACAUCUCACUCAAGGGGAACAACCAGGGAUGUAUCAUAUGGGUGCACAGUAUGGUGCCAUGGGCCCAUCAAGCAUGCCCCCAACAGGAUACCAAACAGAAGCUAUGUUAGGCCCACAGGGUUAUGCCAUUCAGGGAGAACAAGGACCAAUGAGCAUGGCAGCGCAACAUUCCACAGUGGGACCAAUGUCUGCUCCUAAUAUGGGUAACUACAGUGGUGUAUAUGGCCAGAUGCCCACAGCUGUCCAUCACCCCAAUCCUUCAUUGGGUGGUAUAGAAGGUGCAGCAAGUUAUGCUGGGGCACCUACGCCUCAAGAGUUUCAGUCUUUUAACAUGCCAGGUUUAGCAGCAGCAUUACCAUCACAUCCCAAUGCUCCUAUGUUUAACAACCCCAAUCAGCCCAUUCAACAACAGUAUGUCACUCCUGGCCAACCACAACAAUUUCAACAGCCCACACAACAGCCUUAUGCUGUGCCCUACCAACAGCAAGGUGGACCUACUGCAGGACAGGCAUCAGCUGGUCAGAGGGAGUUACAGCUCAUUUCAUUUGAUGACUGAACAGCAAGAAGGUGUACAAAGUUCAAUAAAUGUCCUAGCUUACAUUUAUGCUUUUAUAACUGUGCAGUUGUAGAUAGAUGACUAUAAUAUUUGCCAAGCAGUGAAUCGACACACAUUAAUUCUUCUGAACUUAUUUAUUCUUGAGUCCUUGAACUUUAAAGUUUUCAGCAUCAGUACAUCAUUUCUUUGUUUGUUCUUAAACUUAAAUAUGAAUGCUAACAGUGAAAAUGUUUUAAUAUGAAUACAUACAAUGUAUUAAUGAGCAUUUUGUCAAAAAGAGUUGGUCUAGUGUUCCAACUAUUGAACAGAGUUCAUGUUUUGAUAUUGAGUUUGAUAACAUGGACUAUCCAUUAACUAUUUUCUAUUCACCCUACACCAUUACCUACUUGUCUAUGUGGUAAUAGCAAUAUUUCUGACUGUUUGAAUAUUUUACUUCAUUAUAGAUAUUUCUAUGAAUGGUUAGAAAUAGAUAUGAAGCUUCUUCAUCUGCUUUGUCUAGGGAUUCUGUAUCAAGUUUUGUUUUAAACAAGUAGCAUUCAUUCAAUGUUCCAUUUAACAAUCUACUGCACUAUUCAAAGAUUGGGCAAUGGGCCCAUUUUUUUCUUUGCUGGAACAGAGUUUACUUUUGUGAUAUUGUAUUGAUGUUGUAUUCAUUAUCUUGUCUAAAUAUUAAUAGAAUUGUUUAUAUGUUACCCAAUAAACAGGAAUACAAUUA